AUUAAUAGCCACACACUCACAAACCAAUUUGAAUAUGAAGUUAUUUCGGGAAAUUGAGUAUUUUUUGUAAUUUCCGAAAGGUCGAUUAAGGCCAAUAUAUUACAGUUUAUUGUACACAUAUAAAUAGCCAGCUUUUAUUAGUUGCUUAUGAAAAGUUGAACAUGUUUAGUUCAAGCACCAAUAUGAGCUUGCACUUUGAAAUUAUAGUAAUACUUAUUAUAUUAUAUUUUAAAAAUGAAGAAGAAACAAUCAAAACGGAAACAAAGUAUGACUUUUAGUAUGUCGCCCCAUGGUAAGAUCUUCACAUAAAACUUAAAGAACAACACAUAGAACACAAAAUGGCAAAAAUCAAAAGGUUCAGAACUAGUACAUCGUACAACGAUUACAUAACGAUAAAAUGAAUAAGUUUUUUUUAAAUAAUUAAAACCAUUUGAUCUUGGGUUGCACUAUUUACAACAAAUUUCCUGUGAAUUUUAGUCAAUCAAAAUGCUCAUUUAAUGGGCUCAAUCAAAAGCUCAAUUUACCUGCUUUAUACCAUUAGAUAUUUUUUUACCGUUUUUUGAUGUUUUGAGGUUGCAAGUGUUUGAAACGAGUUCGUUGAUUUGUUGAACUGAUUGGACUUAUUUUGUUUGUAAGUCGUUGGAUUUAGGUUAAAGAAAAAUCUUGUAGUUGUAAGAAUAAUUGAUGAUAUGAAUUGAAUGAUAGCCAUGGCCUAUUAUUUUUUUUACACUAGACUGCAAUUAAAUUGAUUCGUCAUCCUUUUUAUACGUCUGUGUUUUGCCAAAUAAACAAUCGUUAUAAAAGUUGGUGUUUAAUGAUCGUGUAGGUCCUAUAACAUAAAAAUCAACACUCUCUCACUCACACACAAACAAAGCUAAGAUUUGGCGAAAAAUGUAGCACAACUACAAGCUAUAGCGUUUGGAUGUCGGGAAUAUGUUGAGCCAUCGGUACUUGCUAACAUGCCACUUCCUGUACUAAAUACAUAGUCUUAUGUUUUUGUGAUUGAUUAAUUAUUUUAGGAUUCAAUUAAAGGAUUAUUUUACCAAUAUGUCAGAAUAGGAUGGCCUCAAACAUUCAAUAAUACCUCUUAUUGGUCCUGUAAAAGUUGCGGCUCGAAUGCUAGUCGGUGUUUGUAAAACAGUUAGGGACGUGCGUGUCUACACCUAUUCACAAUAUCUGUAUAUGUGUAGGUUGUGAUACUUAAGAUGGAGUGGAUGAUGAGCAAAGAUGUUUUCAAAGUAGCGAUUCCGUUUUAUUAUGAUUAUUUUAUGAUUAUUGCAUUAAUUAUGGACCUAUGGAAUAAUUACUUAAACGUUUUGUGGAAUGUUGUUAUAAGUGUAUCUUAAUGGCUUGAAAUAUCUGGGACUAUAAAUUUAUAUUGCACUCUUUUGUUUUAACAUUUGGUUUUAUUGCAUUGAAUGUCAUACGCGUGAUUAUAUUUGUCUGAGCGCCACAGGUGAUAGCGCAGAACGGAAGCAUGCGUUGUGGUGAUAUAGCAGCAUAAGUACACAGCUUUUAUUAAAUCAAAUAAUUUCACCUGUGAGAUCAGCAGCAGUCGAUUUUCGACCAUAAAAUAGCCGAGACUCGCAUGAAUAGUACAGUGUUUCAACAAAAGAUGUCGCGAGUUGUGCGCUGCUUUUGUUGUGUUGGUGUUAAAAUACGAUACACUGACUUGCGUAAAAGUGCUGCCCCUUCUUUUUGAAUGCUCACCAAUACCAGCAACAACUGUAUCAGUACAUUGCGUAUACGUACACGCCAUAAGCAAUCGAGAGUAAACAUACGCGAGAGCAAUCGGAAAAGGUUUUUUCUUGUGUUUAACAAUAGCAUAUGGGGUGCCCUACAGGAGAGAAUGCGAGAUAUAAGGUCGCUCUCUUUCAUGUAAACGGUGCUUCCACUCACUCUAACGUUGAUGUUCAGGUGUUCUUUCCUUGUCGAGCUAACAAGAAAUCUUUGGAUUGCGCAAGAGCGCCUUUAUUUAUCUCACACAGCAAAAGAAGCGCGUUUGCGGUGUGUUGUGCAAACACGCAAGUUCUAUGAUUUUGUUUUCAGUGUAAAGCUGAACUUCUUCAAGUAAAGACGAAAUUCGGGAAGUCGUAGCGCCACACACACUACGCAUACAUUAGCGUUCAACGAAGUGGGAGUGUAGGAAACGGAACGUGGCGAAGCAACGUGAACGAAAGCGUGGGGUGGUAGCGAGGGUGGAAUCAAACUAUGUGCAUCUGUUAACGCAGACGAGAAAGGUUGAAGCAAGAUCGGUUCUUUUAAGUUUUUUUUGUGAGCAUGGCUGUGCAGUUUAAGAUCAGAACGAUGGACAUGUUUUGAGUUUGAAUAAUCCGUUGACUUAAUGCUUAAUUCAUUAGCAUAGUAACCUACUCGUGCAGUGAAUGUACCAAAACUAACAAGUCUGCUUCAUUUUGCUUUAAUGUGUUUGACAUGCGAGUUAUGAAGUAGCAAAACCCAAUCUUUUAGCAGGUUGGAUACUUUGUAAGAGGAAAAAAGUGAUUGAUCAAGUGCUGCUAUUGAUUGCUGAAAGCUAGCAGUAUUAUUUUCCUUGGUGCAUUAAAAUGACUGAUAUGUUCGAGUUGAUUGAAUCAAGGCAUCGGUGAGACAGAUUAAAAUAAUCAAUUCAAAAAAUUAUUUUGUACAUUAUUUUUUGUGAUUAAACGAACAAGUGAAUUUGUCAUUGUCAUUGAAAUCUUACAAUGUCAUUAAUUGUUAGCAGUUACUACAUGCUAAAAUCAGCACUAGUGGUGGAUAGAGAAGCUUGAAACAGAGUGUUGAAUUAUAAGUUUUGAUUGGGAAGCUUCCUUUGUUUUUGUUAAACAUGAAAUUGUGUGGUGUUAUCUGUGUGUUGCUCGAUAUUGUUGGUGAGGAUUUUUACUGAUGGUGUCCAAUUUAAUUUUUGGUUAAGUGAUACAUAAAUUAAAUUACAUAUGCUGUGAUACUUGCUAUUGUCGAAUUGUCUGAAAUUUCAUCAAAUAUUGAUUGGGAAAUCGUGUAGCUGAAAAAAUAACAUUGAUGCAUUAAUUUGAGCGAUUGCGAAGAAUAUUAUAGUGCUGCAUUAUUUGAAGUGCUUCAAAGUGUGUUUGUGUUGGCUGUUGGUUUUUAUAUUUUUUAUUGGUUGUACUGUUUUGUGAAAAAAUACAAAAAUUACUAUCACACUGCUGAAUCACCACUAUCCUCAUCACUCCUCUGACCUGGCGUGCGCAAUAUACCACGAUCCCCACGAUGUCACGGCAGGGUCGCACGCUGCUGCCGGGGCCUGGUGGGGGCAGCAUUCCCAUCCAAUGCAUGCGGUCGGAGCGGCUAUGUAUGGUGAGGAUACGACAGGGCAAACUGGUAUUGAUAGUCGCAGUCCUCCCGCCUCUAUGCACAACUCUUCAAACCACAAUAGUGCUGCCAGUCUUAUCGUACAACAACAGCAGCAACAACAGCAGCAACAACAGCAGCAAGUUGCAGCAGCUGCAGCCGCAGCAGCAGCGGCAGUGGCCCAACAACAGCAGGUGCAGGCUCAGUCUGCAGCACCUUCGCAAACACAGAAUACUUCUUCUUCGAACGCAUCCCAGCAGCAAAGUAGCGGAGGAGCAGUGGUAUCCCCAGCGACUCAAAUCGUUCCUCCAUCCGCUGCUAGUGAAUCACCGGGAAGCGUGAGUUCACAGCCAUCAGGUCCUAUCCAUAUACCAGCAAAACGUCCCGCGUUUGAUACAGAUACUCGGUUGAGGCAUUCAUAUCCCUGGGGCAACGACUCAGCGGCUGAUUACGCUUACCAUGCACAGUAUCCACCAUAUGCGUUGGCGACUGAUAUCAAACCAAUGUACUACCCUAGCUACCCAACUGAAGCCAAUUUUCAACCACACCCAUAUUAUCCUAAAUAUGAGCCAGAUGCCUAUAUUACAGCAUCGACUGAACGAUCACGUGGAGUCACAGGUGAUCAACCUUCUUUGCAGUCUAGCUACGAAUCAUACAACUCGUCUGGGUUGAGAUCGUAUUCAAGUGAAACAUAUCCUAAUCCUGGCUCCAGCUUAUCUGUUGGUGUCAGUGGUGUUGGUUCAUGCACACCUUCCAAUCCGCUUGAGUGGACAGGCAAUGUAACUGUGAGGAAGAAACGGAAGCCAUACUCUAAAUUCCAAACGUUGGAAUUGGAAAAAGAAUUCCUUUUCAAUGCAUACGUUUCAAAGCAGAAACGAUGGGAACUUGCUCGCAAUCUCAACCUUACUGAACGCCAGGUAAAGAUAUGGUUCCAAAAUCGGCGAAUGAAAAAUAAAAAAAACAGUCAGCGUCAAUCUGCGCAAGCAAAUAGUGGUAGUAGUAACAACAGUUCCAGUCAUAGCCAUUCCCAGGCGCAGCCUCAUCACAAUCCUCAUCAUAUAGGCCUAGGACUGGGAAUGUCAACACUACAUGGCUCUAAAAUGCAUCAGUGACCUUUCGAGCAACAACCACACCAAUCGAAAAUACACACACAGCAUAAUCAGCAAGAUUCUCAACAAACCUUUCAGCAACUUCAGUUGCAGCACCAACAUCAUUCAAAUUCGACAACAAUUCAUGACCAAGCACAGCAACAGACACAUUCACAUUCUCUGCAUUCUCACUUAAUUCAUCAACCAUCUUAUCAAUCCAACCCCCCAGAUAACCAGAUGAAACAGGAGCUUUGCGACACAAUUAAUGCGUCGAUGUGUAAUAAUUUUCCUCAUGCACCACCCAUAAACUAUCGACAGCAACAAUGAUUUAAAAUUUUAAACCAAUUCGCCACAUAUGAUAAUUCGGUAGUAGAAGAUGAUGUGCCGCUAUGGCAAAGUUAAUACGUAAAUGAAUCGAGUUUGAAAGAAGUGAGAAUAGAAGGACACAGGUAUAUUGAAAAGCCGAUCGCCAACAAUAUCCAGAUAUUGCAUAAAAAAGCAAGGAAACUCUGCGAACUAUGUAAAGGAAUCCACCGAAUAUAGAGCGACAGCGUAAGUUGCGUUUGCGAGGAGUAUUCUGGAAAAUCUGAAGUGUUGUUGGGACAGGUGUAAAUAAAUCUUAGGUAUGUAAGCUAUCCAGCCAGUGAGAAAUGUCCAAAAUUAAGACCGAGAGUGGGUUAUUUAAGCUAAGGGUUAAGGGAAAACGAAACUUUCAACGAAUCAUAAAUAACAGCACGAGGCAAUAUGAAGGGACAAGCGGAGCAACAGUCCAAUUAGGAAACUGUUUCGAGCAAUCAUAAUGUAGCCCUGUUGCUCGUGUCGGCGUAUGAAGUAAAUGAAGAGAGUAGUUGAAACAGGUAGUUCAUAAAGUAAUAUAAAUAUUUAAAAUCAAA